UCAGCUCUUCGUGACCCUUCCUGGACUGAACAUCUAUAAAACAAUGGCUUGUGGCAUGAGAUCCUGGACCGUGCUGGUGGCUCUUGUGCUGUGUGUAAUAGUGUGUCUGAGCAGCCUGGCUGAAGCGUACCCACCCAAACCUGAACCUCCGGCGGGAGGCAUGGAUCGAGAUGAGUUGGCCAAAUACCAAACGGCGCUACGACACUACGUCAACCUCAUCACACGACAGAGAUAUGGGAAGAGAUCCAGCCCUGAGGCCGUUGUGGCUGAACUGCUGUUUGGUGAUGACGAACAGGACAUCAGGCCCCGUGUUGAAGACAGCCUGGUAUGGUGACGUCACUCAUCUCUCCUCCUCUUCUGAAGCUGGUGCAUUGAGUUUCUUCGUCUGUCCAUCUCAAUGAUCAUAAAUGAGUUACUGAACAGCAGAGACCAGCAUGAGCCAAACACUCUUUAAAAAGAGGAUUCCAAAAC